AUGCAAUACAAACAAACUCUAACUGUUGCUGCCUUAGCUUCUACCACCUUAGCUGCUUACAAGCCAAAUGAACCAUGGUCUACCUUAACUCCAAGUGCCACUUAUUCUGGUGCCAUGACUGAUUACACCGGUUCUUUUGGUAUUGCUGUUAUCCCAUUGGCUACUUCAGCUAUCUCCUCUUCAGCUGCCAAGGCUAAGAGAGAUGCUGUUUCUCAAAUUGGUGAUGGUCAAAUCCAAGCUGCUACUACUACCACCUCUACCGUUGCUCCAAAACAAACUGCUGCUGCUGUCUCUCAAAUCGGUGACGGUCAAAUUCAAGCCACUACCAAAACUGAAGCUCCAAAACAAACUGCCGCUGCUGUUUCUCAAAUUGGUGAUGGUCAAAUUCAAGCCACUACUAACACUAUUGUUCCAAAGCAAACCGCCGCUGCUGUUUCUCAAAUUGGUGAUGGUCAAAUCCAAGCCACUACCAACACUGAAGCUCCAAAAUCAACUGCUGCUGCUGUCUCUCAAAUUGGUGAUGGUCAAAUCCAAGCCACUACCAACACUGAAGCUCCAAAGUCUACUGCUGCUGCUGUUUCUCAAAUAGGUGACGGUCAAGUUCAAGCUACCACCAGAAAGACUACCACUUUAGAUGGUAAAUCUUUCUCUGCUACUGCCACUGAAGCUGAAUCUACAACUUCUACCGCUUCUACUUCUUCCUCUCAAUCAUCAGAAGAUGCCUUCUUCGAAGCUCAAGCUUGUAAGAACAAUGGCACUUUAACUAUGACAUUAAAGGAUGGUAUCUUAACCGACGCUAAGGGUAGAGUCGGUUCUAUUGUUGCUAACAGACAAUUCCAAUUUGAUGGUCCACCACCACAAGCUGGUGCUAUCUACGCUGCUGGUUGGUCUAUCACUCCAAAGGGUAACUUGGCCAUUGGUUCCAACGAUGUCUUCUACCAAUGUUUAUCUGGUAACUUCUACAACUUAUACGAUGAAACUCAAGGUGAACAAUGUCACAAAGUUUACUUGCAAGCAGUUGAAUUGGUUAACUGUUAA